AUGAGGACACCUCACUACGACUCCGAUGAGUCGGGGUCUGAGCUGUCCGGCUCCUGGCUGGACAUCUCGAAAGACGAACGGUUCGAAGACGACGAGCACCUCUCCUCGACCGCUUCGGCCAUGGGCUCAAGUACUAUCAGCAACAUUUCGACUUCGGAAGUGUCAACUGAUACCGAAGGCUUCUCUCUCAGCUCAGACGAGAGCCAGCCUGAUCUCGACGACAACGACGAUGAAGACGAGGACGACGACGUCGACAGUGACAAGGAGGACGACAAAACUCCUGCAGCUAGCUUCAACAAGUUCACAUCCAGCUUCAUCUUCCCCGACCCUACCAGCAGCUUCAGUACUAUUGAGGAAACUCCUGUUCCUUCCAUCUACAAUGUGCCAUCUGAGCCCAUGUGGGAGGGUAUCAAAGAUCCGGUUCCUUCGCGGCACGCCUCGUCCGACACCGCCACCAUCAAGUCAACCUCUGCUGCCGUUAACGACAAGACGCCUGCCACCGGCCAUCCCUUUCAGGCUAGUGCUCCCGCCACUCCCUCCAGCAAGCAGCGGUACCUGACGGCGAUCGCUUCCGCCGUUGUUCUGUCCCUGCUGGUCAAGAUCGGACCGAUGGUCCUUCAGCAUAACAUCGGAGCCCUAGUCGCGAACACGUUCUCUGCUCCCGGACCUCUCGACGCCGUGCCCACCUACUCUCCUCCUGCCGCGCAAGCCCCCGAGCGCACCUCUGACGAGAGUGUCAUCGCUCGCGCCCUUGCCGCCCUGUCGGAGCAACCGAUGGAGCCGACCAAGCCCCAGGGCCGCAGCAAGACCACGAUACUUCCCUCUCUGUCCCUCAAGUCCGAGCUCUCUGUUGUCCCCGCCUCGACCUCUCUGUUCAUCAAAGAGGUCAUUGAGGAGCACUUCACCGACCCAGUAACCCUCUUGACAAGGAACGUUGCUUACCAGAUCGGUAACCUUUCUGUCUGGUCAUACGAGCUGCUCGUAGUUCUGUCGCGUGUGACGGUCGACUUCCUCGCGAAGGAGAUCCACCUGGCGCAGACCGAAAUCUCGCACGAGCUGUCCAGAAUCCGUGCAGCCGCUGAAACACUGUACGCGCGCCGAGGCGAGUUCGCCGAUCAGGUCACCUCGGCUGCCUCGCACUCUGCGCAGCAAGUGCGCGAAGCAGCCCGCCUCUCUGCCAAGCAAGCGCACGACGCCGCAAGCUACUCGUUGCAGCAGGCGAACCAUGCAGCGUCGUACUCGACCCGUAAGGCGCGCGAGGCGUACGGCUACCUGUUCCGUGUCGCAAGCCAGAACAACCGGAAGGCAGCGCGCGGCGCGCGGCGUGUCGUGCGUGAAGUGUCCCAGUCCUCGGUCCGCAAAGCAGGCUCCAAGGGUGCGCAGAAGGCGCGCUCGCAGCUCGGUUCCAGUCUCGCGGCCGGCGCGCAGCUCGCAACCAGUCUAGGUCAACAGGCAGUGCGCGGCGCGCUCUCGGUCAAGAACACGGGUAACAAGUGCAAGGACAAGCGCGGCUGUGGCUCGAACUGCGGCUGGAGCUGCUCCAAGUCCAAGUCGAAGAAGACAGUUGGCAAGUGCGGCGGCGGCGGAUCUAAGAAGUCCAAGUCGCGAUGGAGGGGCCGCAAGUCUGGCAAGUCGGCCAAGCCCGAGCGCGAGUGCGACCACGAGCGCGGGUUCUGGAAACGCGUCAGGCGCUGA